AUGCCUCGCGAAAAACACCACCAGAUCUCAGACAACGUAACGAGUAUAUCUAGUGGACUCGAGGAAGUCACGAUGAUGGUGUCGAUAAUGUCUCAUUUGAACAAUUUGGAAGCGGAAAAACAGAAGUACCAGGCUCAACGACGUCGCCUCUGUCAGGAAAACGCAUGGCUACGUGACGAGCUGAGCUCUACGCAGAUUAAGCUCCAGACCUCCGAACAGGCUCGUGUUACCCGUUUAGAGCUACUACGUGUCGCCACUUUAGAAGAAGAAAAUAAGCAUCUGAAAUAUAUGAACUCCAUAAAACAAUUCGACGACGACAUUCAAAACGACGUGAAAUCUGCACCGUCCGAGGCAAAUGUGCCAUCCACAAAUGACACCCUUCAAGACCUCGGUUUUGGUCCAGAAGACGAAGAGGACCUGCAAUCUAGUAAG